GAUUUUCCACACCCUUCCAACUGGGUAGAGAGUGCACUGGAUCGACUCAUAAUCCAUACGCACUUCAAAACCCCAAAGAAACCCUAAAACCCUCCAUUCUUACAGGACACCCUUCGUUCAUCUCUCCACGAUAUAUGCGUUGGAGAUCUGAGGUUUCGGUUUCUAGGCUUUCUGGUUUCAUAAAUCGCCGCCAUGUGGAACAAUACCAGCGGUCAACCGCCGAUUGUGCCGCCGGGGACGAGCUUGCCUCCGAUUCCACCGCCGCCCGCUGCUCAGCCGUCGUACACUGUGCUUCCGCCUCCGUCACAGGCUCCCCAGGUGCCUCCAACGCCCGCCGAGGCGGAGGCUAGGUUAGAAGAGAAGGCCAGAAAAUGGAUGCAAUUGAACUCGAAGAGGUAUGGAGAUAAGAGGAAGUUUGGGUUCGUUGAGACGCAAAAGGAGGACAUGCCCCCUGAGCAUGUUAGGAAGAUUAUACGAGAUCAUGGGGACAUGUCUUCAAAGAAAUUCCGUCAUGAUAAACGUGUGUAUCUUGGAGCCCUUAAGUUCAUUCCUCAUGCAGUUUACAAGCUCCUUGAGAAUAUGCCUAUGCCCUGGGAACAGGUUCGAGAUGUGAAGAUUCUGUAUCAUAUUACCGGGGCAAUAACAUUUGUAAAUGAAAUACCAUGGGUUGUUGAACCUAUUUAUUUAGCUCAGUGGGGAACAAUGUGGAUCAUGAUGAGAAGGGAAAAGAGGGAUCGUAGGCAUUUCAAGCGGAUGCGGUUUCCACCAUUUGAUGAUGAGGAACCUCCAUUAGAUUAUGCUGAUAAUCUGUUAGAUGUUGAUCCUUUGGAGCCUAUUCAGUUGGAAUUGGAAGAAGAAGAAGAUUCUGCUGUAUGUACUUGGUUUUAUGACCAUAAGCCUCUUGUGAAAACAAAGCUUAUCAAUGGUCCAAGUUACCGCAAAUGGCAUCUCUCCCUCCCAAUUAUGGCAACACUUCAUCGGCUUGCUGGACAGCUCCUUUCUGACCUAAUUGACCGCAAUUAUUUCUAUUUAUUUGACAUGGAGUCAUUCUUUACGGCUAAAGCCUUGAACAUGUGCAUACCUGGUGGCCCCAAGUUUGAGCCCCUCUAUCGUGACAUGGAGAAAGGUGAUGAGGACUGGAAUGAGUUCAAUGACAUAAACAAACUCAUUAUUCGGUCACCUCUUAGAACGGAGUACAGAAUUGCUUUCCCGCAUCUUUACAACAACAGGCCUAGGAAAGUGAAGCUUUGUGUCUAUCACACUCCUAUGGUGAUGUUCAUUAAAACAGAGGACCCAGACUUACCAGCUUUUUACUACGAUCCUUUAAUUCACCCUAUAACGAGUGCCAACAAGGAUCGACGUGAAAAGAAAGUUCAUGAUGAUGAGGAUGAUGUUGAUUUCUCUUUGCCAGAGGGAGUGGAAUGUUUUUUGGCAGACACUCAGCUUUAUACUGACACAACUGCUGCUGGAAUUUCUUUGCUAUUUGCCCCACGUCCUUUUAACAUGAGAUCUGGUCGAAUGCGAAGGGCUGAAGACAUACCCCUUGUUUCAGAGUGGUACAAGGAGCACUGUCCUCCAUCAUAUCCAGUCAAAGUUCGGGUAAGUUAUCAGAAAUUGUUAAAAUGCUUUGUACUGAAUCAGUUGCAUCAUAGGCCACCUAAAGCUCAGAAGAAGAAGCACCUAUUCCGGUCUCUUGCAGCAACCAAGUUCUUCCAAACCACGGAACUUGAUUGGGCUGAAGCAGGUCUUCAAGUCUGUAAGCAGGGUUACAACAUGCUGAACCUAUUGAUACAUAGGAAAAACUUGAAUUAUCUUCACCUUGAUUAUAAUUUCAACUUGAAGCCUGUGAAAACGCUCACGACGAAAGAACGAAAGAAGUCACGGUUUGGUAAUGCUUUUCAUCUUUGUCGUGAGAUCUUGCGUUUGACGAAGCUUGUGGUUGAUGCCAAUAUCCAGUUCCGCUUGGGUAAUGUGGAUGCAUUCCAGUUGGCUGAUGGCUUGCAAUAUACUUUUUCCCAUGUUGGGCAGCUGACUGGGAUGUACCGGUACAAGUACAGGCUAAUGCGACAGAUUAGAAUGUGCAAGGAUUUGAAGCAUUUGAUUUACUAUCGCUUCAAUACUGGUCCUGUGGGAAAAGGACCUGGAUGUGGAGUCUGGGCACCAAUGUGGAGGGUAUGGUUGUUCUUUCUCCGAGGCAUAGUGCCUCUUCUGGAACGCUGGUUGGGGAAUCUUCUUGCCCGGCAGUUCGAAGGGCGGCAUUCUAAAGGAGUUGCCAAGACAGUUACGAAGCAGCGUGUUGAAAGCCACUUUGACUUGGAGCUUCGGGCUGCUGUUAUGCAUGAUGUCCUUGAUGCUAUGCCAGAGGGAAUUAAGCAAAACAAAGCCAGAACUAUAUUGCAACAUCUGAGUGAGGCAUGGCGCUGUUGGAAAGCAAACAUUCCAUGGAAGGUUCCUGGUUUGCCUGUUCCCAUUGAAAACAUGAUUCUUCGUUAUGUCAAGUCAAAAGCAGACUGGUGGACAAAUGUGGCUCACUAUAAUCGUGAGCGUAUACGAAGAGGUGCAACAGUUGAUAAGACAGUUUGCCGGAAGAAUCUUGGGAGAUUGACUCGCCUUUGGCUAAAGGCAGAGCAGGAACGACAACACAACUAUUUGAAAGAUGGUCCUUAUGUCACUCCUGAAGAAGCAGUUGCCAUUUACACAACAACUGUGCAUUGGUUGGAGUCACGGAAAUUUUCCCCCAUUCCAUUCCCUCCGUUGUCAUACAAGCAUGAUACAAAGCUAUUAAUCCUCGCACUGGAGCGAUUGAAAGAAUCCUAUAGCGUGGCUGUGAGAUUAAACCAACUGCAAAGAGAAGAACUAGGGCUCAUUGAGCAAGCUUAUGACAAUCCACAUGAAGCUCUAUCUAGGAUUAAGCGUCACCUGCUUACUCAGCGUGCCUUUAAAGAAGUUGGCAUAGAGUUCAUGGAUUUGUAUAGUUAUCUGAUACCGGUGUAUGAAAUUGAGCCUCUUGAGAAGAUCACAGAUGCAUAUCUCGACCAAUAUUUAUGGUAUGAAGGCGAUAAACGUCAUCUCUUCCCAAAUUGGAUUAAGCCGGCUGAUUCAGAGCCACCACCACUUUUGGUCUAUAAAUGGUGUCAGGGUAUAAACAAUUUGCAAGGUAUCUGGGAUACAAAUGAUGGACAAUGCGUGGUGAUGCUCCAAACUAAAUUUGAGAAGUUUUUUGAGAAAAUUGACUUGACAAUGUUAAAUAGGCUACUACGAUUGGUUCUCGACCACAAUAUUGCUGAUUAUGUCACUGCAAAAAAUAAUGUUGUGCUAUCUUAUAAGGAUAUGAGUCACACAAACUCAUAUGGUCUUAUUCGUGGUCUUCAGUUUGCUUCUUUUGUUGUCCAGUAUUAUGGACUUGUGCUGGAUCUUUUGCUCCUUGGAUUGACUCGAGCCAGUGAGAUUGCUGGUCCACCGCAGAUGCCUAAUGAGUUCAUUACUUAUUGGGACACGAAAGUUGAGGCUAGGCAUCCCAUACGACUGUAUUCAAGGUACAUUGAUAAGGUGCAUAUAUUGUUCCGCUUCACCCAUGAGGAGGCUCGAGACCUUAUCCAGCGUUAUCUUACCGAGCAUCCUGAUCCCAACAAUGAAAAUAUGGUUGGUUACAAUAACAAGAAGUGCUGGCCAAGGGAUGCCAGAAUGAGGCUCAUGAAACAUGAUGUCAAUCUUGGAAGGAGUGUAUUUUGGGAUAUGAAGAACCGUCUCCCUCGAAGCAUUACAACAUUAGAGUGGGAAAAUAGUUUUGUGUCAGUUUACAGCAAAGACAAUCCUAACCUUCUUUUCAGCAUGUGUGGAUUUGAGGUCCGUAUCCUUCCAAAAAUAAGGAUGACUCAAGAAGCAUUCAGCAAUACAAGAGAUGGAGUUUGGAAUUUGCAGAAUGAACAGACUAAAGAGCGAACUGCUGUUGCUUUCUUAAGAGUCGAUGAUGAACACAUGAAGGUGUUUGAGAAUCGUGUGAGACAAAUACUUAUGUCUUCAGGGUCCACGACAUUCACUAAAAUUGUCAACAAAUGGAAUACUGCUUUGAUAGGUCUGAUGACUUAUUUCCGUGAAGCAACUGUGCAUACUCAAGAGCUGCUAGAUUUGCUGGUUAAGUGUGAAAACAAAAUUCAAACUCGUAUUAAGAUUGGUUUGAAUUCAAAAAUGCCGAGCAGAUUUCCUCCUGUCAUCUUUUACACUCCGAAGGAAAUUGGAGGACUUGGCAUGUUAUCAAUGGGUCACAUAUUGAUCCCCCAGAGUGAUCUACGAUACAGUCAGCAGACUGAUGUUGGUGUAACCCACUUUAGGAGCGGGAUGAGUCAUGAAGAGGACCAGCUGAUUCCAAAUCUUUAUCGCUACAUACAGCCAUGGGAAAGUGAGUUCAUUGAUUCUCAACGAGUAUGGGCUGAGUAUGCACUGAAGAGGCAGGAGGCUCAGGCACAGAAUAGACGCUUGACUCUUGAGGAUCUGGAGGAUUCUUGGGAUAGGGGAAUUCCACGUAUAAAUACUCUAUUCCAGAAGGACCGACAUACCUUGGCAUAUGAUAAAGGAUGGCGAGUGCGGACAGACUUCAAGCAGUACCAAGUUCUGAAACAGAAUCCUUUCUGGUGGACACACCAGAGGCAUGAUGGGAAACUCUGGAACUUGAACAACUACCGAACUGAUGUUAUCCAAGCUCUCGGAGGUGUUGAGGGAAUUCUUGAACAUACCUUAUUCAAAGGAACAUACUUUCCAACCUGGGAAGGUCUAUUCUGGGAGAAAGCAUCUGGCUUUGAGGAGUCUAUGAAGUACAAGAAGCUGACUAAUGCACAAAGAUCUGGUCUCAACCAAAUUCCUAAUCGCAGAUUCACUCUCUGGUGGUCACCAACUAUAAAUCGGGCAAAUGUUUAUGUUGGUUUCCAAGUGCAAUUGGACCUGACUGGAAUUUUCAUGCAUGGAAAGAUUCCAACUUUGAAGAUCUCUCUUAUUCAGAUAUUCCGAGCUCAUCUGUGGCAGAAGAUUCACGAGAGUGUUGUCAUGGAUCUAUGUCAAGUUUUGGAUCAGGAGUUGGAUGCAUUAGAAAUUGAAACCGUGCAGAAAGAGACUAUUCAUCCAAGAAAAAGUUACAAAAUGAAUAGCUCUUGUGCAGACAUUCUUCUCUUUGCUGCCCAUAGGUGGCCCAUGUCAAAGCCUAGUCUUGUGGCUGAGUCAAAGGAUGUUUUUGAUCAAAAAGGUAGCAAUAAGUAUUGGAUUGAUGUACAGCUCCGCUGGGGAGACUAUGACUCUCAUGAUAUUGAGCGUUAUACUCGGGCUAAGUUUAUGGAUUACACAACAGACAACAUGUCUAUAUAUCCCUCUCCAACAGGAGUGAUGAUUGGCCUUGAUCUGGCAUACAAUCUGCAGUCUGCAUUUGGCAAUUGGUUUCCUGGGUCUAAACCACUACUUGCCCAAGCGAUGAACAAGAUCAUGAAGUCAAAUCCAGCUUUAUAUGUCCUGAGGGAGCGUAUAAGGAAGGGUUUGCAGUUGUAUUCUUCUGAGCCUACGGAACCAUAUUUGUCAUCCCAGAAUUAUGGAGAAAUCUUCAGCAACCAAAUUAUUUGGUUUGUUGAUGAUACAAAUGUCUAUCGUGUUACAAUUCACAAGACAUUUGAAGGAAAUCUCACUACAAAACCCAUCAAUGGUGCCAUUUUUAUAUUCAAUCCUAGGACAGGGCAGCUGUUUUUGAAGGUUAUCCACACAAGUGUCUGGGCUGGGCAGAAGCGUCUUGGCCAGCUAGCAAAGUGGAAAACUGCUGAAGAAGUUGCUGCUCUUGUUCGGUCUUUGCCUGUUGAGGAACAGCCUAAACAGAUUAUUGUUACUCGUAAAGGAAUGCUGGAUCCUCUGGAGGUUCACUUACUGGAUUUCCCUAACAUAGUCAUUAAAGGAAGUGAGCUGCAGCUUCCAUUCCAGGCUUGCUUGAAGAUUGAGAAAUUUGGUGAUUUGAUUUUGAAGGCUACUGAACCACAAAUGGUUUUGUUCAACAUUUAUGAUGAUUGGUUAAAGAGUAUUUCCUCUUACACAGCAUUCUCCCGUCUCAUCCUGAUUCUCCGUGCACUUCAUGUGAACAAUGAGAAGGCAAAGAUGUUAUUGAAGCCAGACAAAACAGUCGUUACUGAGCCACAUCAUAUCUGGCCUUCUUUGACUGAUGAUCAGUGGAUGAAGGUUGAGGUUGCUUUAAGAGAUCUCAUACUCUCAGAUUAUGCCAAGAAGAACAAUGUGAAUACAUCUGCGCUCACACAAUCUGAGAUUCGUGAUAUUAUACUUGGAGCAGAGAUUACCCCACCUUCUCAACAGAGACAGCAGAUUGCAGAGAUUGAGAAACAGGCCAAAGAAGCAAGUCAACUGACUGCAGUAACAACAAAGACUACAAACGUCCACGGGGAUGAACUCAUUGUUACAACAACAAGUCCAUAUGAGCAAUCUGCAUUUAGUUCUAAAACAGAUUGGCGUGUUAGAGCUAUAUCUGCAACAAAUCUCUAUCUUCGAGUCAAUCAUAUAUAUGUGAACUCGGAGGACAUUAAGGAAACUGGAUACACUUAUAUCAUGCCCAAGAAUAUUUUGAAGAGAUUUAUCUGCAUAGCAGAUUUACGAACACAAAUUGCUGGGUACUUGUACGGUAUAAGCCCCCCUGACAACCCUCAGGUCAAGGAAAUUCGUUGUAUUGCCAUGGUACCUCAGUGGGGCACUCAUCAGCAAGUACAUCUUCCUUCAGCACUUCCUGAGCAUGAUUUUCUAAAUGAUCUGGAGCCUUUAGGAUGGAUGCACACACAGCCAAACGAGCUUCCUCAGUUAUCGCCACAGGAUCUAACAAGUCACGCUCGAGUUCUGGAGAACAACAAACAAUGGGAUGGAGAGAAGUGCAUCAUUUUGACUUGCAGUUUUACUCCAGGUUCCUGCUCAUUGACUGCAUAUAAGCUUACACCAAGUGGUUAUGAAUGGGGACGUCUCAACAAGGACACGGGAAGCAAUCCUCAUGGUUACCUUCCAACACAUUACGAGAAGGUCCAGAUGCUUUUAAGUGAUCGGUUCCUAGGUUUCUACAUGGUUCCUGAUAACGGUCCAUGGAAUUACAACUUCAUGGGGGUGAAGCAUACUGUAAGCAUGAAGUACGGCGUCAAGCUGGGGACCCCUCGAGAGUAUUACAAUGAAGACCACAGGCCUACCCAUUUUCUGGAAUUCAGCAACCUGGAAGAGGUGGAGACCGCCGAGGGUGAUCGGGAUGAUACAUUCACUUAGUCUGAUAUUUACUCGGGCUUGGAUUAGAUCAGCAAUGUCGUAUGUAGUAUUGAUGCUUCGAAGUGGAAGCAGUACGGAAUUUUGUUGUAUUGAUACAUGUAUCCUGGCGACUAAUGUUGCAAGUCCAACAGACUUCUUUCCAUAUCAGUUGUAAAUAGUGAAUGUGUGUUUUUGUUUCGAAGGUGCGUUGCCAUUGAAGUUAAGUUAUCUAUUUUACUGAAUAGUUAGAGUUUUUGUUGUUGA